AGGAGUCCACGUUAACAGCGGGGGAAUUACGACCCCAACCCCAGCCCGAGACGCGAACGCAAACGCGAAAGCGAACGCAAACGCAGGACCAACGCGGAUUUCCCAGACGCAAAAUUGAACCUAUAGCCGCGCGGGCGCCCCCUUCGUCGGAGAUGGCCGCGUUCCAGAGCCCGCAACUGGGGUCGCCGUUCCCUUCCUUUGGCCAAACGCAGCCGCAAACGCAGUUCCAGUUCCAGCCGCAGCCACAGCCGCAGUUCCAGUUCCAGCCGCAGCCGCAGCCGCAGCCGCAGCCGCAAACGCAGUUCCAGUUCCAGCCGCAGCAGCAGCAGCAGCAGCAGCCGCAGCAGCAAUUGCUUCUCUACACGAACGAUCGGGCGCCCGCGGGGUACAACACGAAGUGGGAGGAUCUCCACCCCGACUCCCAGAAGGUUCUCCUUCAGAUUGAAGAGAGAAUACGGGAAUACAGGGAUGAAAGCGAGAGAUUGGAUCAGUGUAGCCGCCUUUAUGAUUCUUCGGUCUAUAAUGACAGUUUUGAGCACGAUGCUGGUCGAAUUGUUCAGGAACUUGGCGGAAUCACCACUGCAAUGGAAAGGGAGAGAGCUUCAAUUCAAGAACUUAUGAAUGUUGUUAAUGAUUUGAUGUGGAAAACGGAAUUCGCCAUUCGUUCAUACAUGAUGCUGAGACCUAGAUUUAUUCGUCCAUAUGUUGCUACUCCUGCAGCUGCUGGCUCUGCAACUAAUCCAAUUGGAACAAAUACUUCUGGUCAAACCAAUCAGCAAAUGGCCGUGGGGCCCACUUAUGAUUUCUAUAGUGGGGUACCCAAAAGGCCAUCUCCCUUCAUGCAGCAUACAGUUGCCAGGUUCGAGAAGUACCUCGGAGAGUGUUGCAAGUGGAUUGAAGAAUUAGAGCAGCUUGUUCAGAUGGACGUUAAUAGAAAAUCUGCAAACUCUUUAGAAGCUUUGCCAAAAGUUAUGUCGAAUUUGCAUGAUUAUUUCAUCUAUGUUGCAUCCAAGGUAGAGAGCCUUCACCAGUACAUUGAAUCUAUGAAGGCUGCAUACCUUGCAAACCAGCGCCGUAGGGGCGAGGGGAAUGACCCGUUUAUUGAGGCCAGUAGAAGGGAACAAGCUAAGCAAGAAGUUGCUGCACGAAGAGUUCAUCCAACCCUUCACUUACCCACAGCUUCUCCGCAGCCACCAGCACCCCAAUCAGCAGCUUGGAUCACUUCGAACACAUCAACCUCCUCAUCAAGUGCACUCCAGCCAUCUCCCGCCCCUUCUGCAGCAUCUUUGGGAAGUGGGUUUUCAACUUUUAACACUCCAGCUUCUUCUGCUCCAUCUUCGAGCUUUCUCUUUUCGACUCCAACUGCUUCCGCCCCAUCUUCGACACUCUUUGCCUCUUCUGGAUUUUCACCUCAAUCGACACCAUUUGGAUCCACUCCAUCGGGUUUUGGAGCUAGUGCGCCAUCCUUUGCAUUGACCCCUGCCGCAGGGGGCUCUUCACUCUUCUCCACACCAUCACUCGGUGCAGGUGUUGCAGUUGGUUCUGGGACUAGCUUUGGUGGUGCAUCUAAAUCGUCCAGACCCAAGUCUCGUACCGCCAGGCGCUAGUAGCAUCAAUAAGGAUGCUUAUCCAAGAGAGCCUGCAGAGAAGGCAACAUUAUAGAGCUUUUGUAUCCAGACGAGGAGACAUCCUUCCGCCGCAUCUUUGCUUAAGACACGGUGGAGAGGAUCAAUGGCGUGCGGAGCCGCUGUCGUCGUGUACCUUUACUGCCUCUGUGAAUGUAUGUUUAUAUAUGCUCAAUUGGAGUUCCAUAAGCUUUCGAUCGGUUUUUAGCCUAGGUUCAAGAUAGGCAUGUGAGCGCCCCCCCCCCUUCCCGCGUGGACACACCAAAUCCUCGAAUAUGAACGAAUUUGCAUCUUUUUUCUUUUUCAUGUUGAAUCAGUUUCUUUUUAGAUUUCGCUCUCUCGUGUGCUUAUCUGUGAAUCAGAAGAAUCUAAUACGAAUUUUCGUAUAAAUAAAGUUCGCAAUUUUAGAUA